CCUCCCCCGUGUUUCUGCAGCAGUCAGACCCAGACGGACAGAAGCUCACCUGAAGACUUAAAGAUGAUGUGGGUCUGUGCUUUCCUGCUGUCUGCUGCUCUCACUGUUGAGUCGUACGUGGUUCACGACCAACACGAGCGUUUGAAUCAUGGUCGUCAGCUGAAGAUUUACCUGCCAAAGAGCGCAGAGAAGCUGGAGUUUGUGCCGGCUGACGAGCCGGGGAAGACAUUCUUGUACUGGGAGAGAGGACGCACCAGGCUCACCAGAGGUCGUGUGUCAGGGACAGGAAGUGACCGCCGCUGGUACAUUGACAAGGUGACCUAUGAGGAUCAGGGCACCUACACUCAGAGAGACUAUUGGAACAAGGAGAUCUCUACUGUUAAAGUGGCCGUUACACCUCGCCGUAACUAUGUGAAGUGUGUAGCAGGAGAGAGUCUCUACAUCUCUCUGGAGGGGCUUGACCUGGCCGACAGCUUCCUGUCCUUCAGCGGGGAUUCUGGAAACUUUACUCUGGUCAAAGAGGGAGCUCGGGUUUCCCAGGAUCUUCCAGAUUACUGGGACCGUGUUUUUACCCAAGCCAUGGACAUCGAGAUCAAGAACGUCAACGUCAGCGAUGAAGGUCGAUAUACGCUGAUGGACCGCAAAGAUCGGCUGGUUUCUGUCACCAGGAUGGACCUCACAGAUCACCAUGAGUACGAGGGAAACCCUCUGAUGGCGCUGCUGCUGCUGCUCGGGAUCCCUGCAGGAAUCUGCUGCUGCUGCAGGAAGAAGAUCUUUAAGAAGAAGGCCACGACAGCGUCCAACCUGCAGGCCUCCCCUGUAGCUGUCCAUCCCCCUCCUCCUGGGCCGGUGGGUCCUGCUCCUCCGUACAGCUCACCUGGACCACCAGGAGGGGUGUACUAUCCUGGUCCUGACCCCUUCAUGGGUCCUGCCACGUAUCCCACACCUCAGCCCUAUCCUGGACCGGCCCCCUCUCCAGGUUUUAACCCCGCCUACCCCCCUCCAAACGCAGGAUACCCCCCUGCUGGUCCACAGUGGAAUGGACCUCCUCCAGCUGGGUACCCCCCUGGCCCUAAUGCUCCAAUGGGUUAUGUUCCAGCUCCAGCCAUGUACAGUGCUCCUCCAGGGGUCAGCGGUGAGCCCGUGAAAGAGGAGGUAAAGAUGGAGAACAUGGCGUCCUCACCGGCAGAUCCCCUGCUGACUAACACCGCUCAGGCUGGCUCCGCCCCUUCCCCUGAGGCUCCAGUGCCCCCUCCCUCCUCCGCCAGUGCCCCACCCACUGAUGGUGCUUUCCAUUUCCAGAUUGACGGAGGGAAAAGCUCCACCAACUUCCUGUAGAGACGAUGCAGUCUGUGACGUCACAGGAUGUUAUGUCAAAGCGCCCCCCUUGGGGACUUCCUGUUCCAGCCUGUGUAAAUGUUGAAGAGCAGGGCAGGGGGAUUGUCCAUCAGUGUUUUACUCCUGCAAGAGGCGGGGCUAAAAGGGAUCUGUUACCAUAGAAACAAUGUAGACGCCACGUUGACCAGCUGAACCACAAUCUAUUCAUGUAAUCACUGUUAAAAGAAAAAGAAGAAGACUUCCUAUUGGCUUAGGGGUUCAAUUUACAAAGACUUCCUAUUGGCUUAGGGGUUUAACUGACAAAGACUUCCUAUUGGCUUAGGGGUUUAACUGACAAAGACUUCCUAUUGGCUUAGGGGUUUAACUGACAAAGACUUCCUAUUGGCUUAGGGGUUUAACUGACAAAGACUUCCUAUUGGCUUAGGGGUUUAACUGAUGAAGACUUCCUAUUGGCUUAGGGGUUUAACUGACAAAGACUUCUAUUGGCUUAGGGGUUUAACUGACGAAGACUUCCUAUUGGCUUAGGGGUUUGGGGUAAGGUUGGAUUUCAGGUUGGCCAAUGUGGCGUCUAUGUGUGAUUGUAACAUUAGCUGUGUUAGCAUGUGGAUCAACGAUGUGUAGAUACUGAAUGUGUUUUUGAGUUUAUAGUGAGUCACUAACAGCGUUUCAUUUUAAAUGUGUGUUCACUCUGUGGACAGUCUCUAAACCAGACUCUUAAAGAGGUCACAUGAUCACUUUGCUUUAAUAAUAUGUUUUAUUGACCCUACUAAAAUGAAAUUUUGCCCAAGAUAGAGAAACUCAACAAUUCAACUGAAGUUGCCAUCAAACAGGGUUGGUUUUCCAGCAUAAGGAGUCAUCGUUUGUUAGUAAGGACUGAUGAUUCAAAUAUUCAACUAAAAAACAUCAUUUUAUUGUGGAUGUGUUUUGGCGUAGAUUUAAAGCUCAUUUAUUUAACCACAGACUCAAAUUGUCCAAUAAGGACAUUCACACUGGAAAACCAAAAUUUGUCCAGUGAUGACAGCCGACAGGAGCCAAAUAAAGAGCUGAGUGGAUACACCUAUCAGAGGGUUACACCUGGUCUGGUUCAGAGAGGGUUACAACUGGUCUGGUUCAGAGAGGGUUACACCUGGUCUGGUUCAGAGAGGGUUACACCUGGUCUGGUUCAGAGAGGGUUACACCUGGUCUGGUUCAGAGAGGGUUACAACUGGUCUGGUUCAGAGAGGGUUACACCUGGUCUGGAUCAGAGAGGGUUACACCUGGUCUGGUUCAGAGAGGGUUACACCUGGUCUGGUUCAGAGAGGGUUACACCUGGUCUGGUUCAGAGAGGGUUACACCUGGUGUGGUCAGAGAGUUAACCAUACUGGUCCCUAGUUGGAGGUUUAAAUAGAGAGCCGUUCAGUUAGUGUCCCUCAGCUCUGUAGAUAAAAUUAUUAAUAUUUAAAACUCAGUUAAACAUGCUAGUGUCACUCACACAUCCUCUCUGACUUAUACUCAUUUUUAAUAAACAUUUUAACCUUCAUAUCUUUAAUACUCCACAAAUCCAUGCUGUCUAAACACUCAGUCAGAUCUGUUUACUGUCUUUGAGGGUUUCUAUCUGCUGCAGCUUCUUCACUCACCUGUGCUCUCCUGCAGUAACCUCAGUGAUACCUGUCCAGGUGUGUUUCUGAACACCUGUGGGUGUCACAUGACCUCUUAUCUGCAGGUUACUCUCACCUGGAAGUGCUCUUCACACAACAACACAACACAGCCUUUUUACAGUAGAGGGCCCAUUUCAAGAAAGGGGGAUCAUCAAACUCAGAGUCUAACCCUGAACUCUGAGUUAAUCUACCCUCAGAGAAGAAAUUGAGUUGCUCUACCCUCAGAUGAGAAACUCUGAGUCGAUCUACCCUCAGAUGAGAAACUCUGGGUCAAUCUACCCUCAGAUGAGAAACUUUGAGUCAGUUACUAUGGUAACUGACUCUAAAGAUAGUUACCAUAGUAACUGUUACCACAGUAACUGACCCAGAGCUUAAGUUUCUGAAACAGGCCGGACUCAGCCCGCAUUCUUGGGUUUAAGUUUCCUUCUUCUCUGAAACAGAAAUCUCGAUAUUUUCCUCAUGUCAGGGUUAACAGACUCAGAGUUUAUUUAACCAGCUUUAUGAAAUGGGCCCCGAUCUGCUACAACUGUCAAACAAGCUCUGCCCACUCCUUCAUGUUCUGAAGGACUGUGUUUAUUUAAACGGCUCCAGGUCUUUGACUAAGCAGGAAGCCAAUGAUUGGUUGGCUACCCUGUGGGCGGGGCUAAAGGCUGUGUGUUGCUACCUGUGGACUCCUACCUCUCUAAUCUUCAUCCUGUCAGUGAAACUGUCAAUAAAGUUGUUUUUUUUAAUCUCAGACUAAUAGCUGGAGGUCAAACGUACUGAUUAUGUUAUUGAUAGUGUCUUUAUCGAUCACAUCAUCGUGUCUGUAUGUCACCAACUAUCUGUUAUUAAAGGUUAAAUGUUGUUA